AUGGUUGAAUUAACUGAAAUUAAAGAAGAAGAAGUCCAAACUUCCCAACAACAACAAGUUCCAAUUGUAGAAACUGUAGUUCCUAAAUCAAAACAAGACUCUGAAGAUCUAUCUGAUGAUGAAUAUGAUAGUGAAUUCGAUGACGAUUUUAACGAAAAUGAAACUUUUUGGGAAAGAAUCUCUGCUUUAAAAGAUAUCAUCCCUCCAAAACAAAGACAAAAUUUUUCAAAUUUUGUUAACGGUACAAAUAGAUUAUUUAAAUCAAUUGUUAAUAAAUCUGGUAGUUUCACCUGGGCCAUCACUACAAGUGCUCUAUUAUUAGGGGGUCCUCUUUCUUUGUCAAUUUUGGCAGAACACCAUUAA